AUGGAAAGUAGGAACUUUCCAAGACAACAAAACCACCUUUCUGAUGGAAAUGCAGCCAUUGACUUAGGUACUUCUCCAUCUGAGUCUCCUGCUCCAUGGAAUGGUGGUUUAGCUUAUGAUGCACCGGAUGGUACCCUGACAAGAAGUGGGAACCCUGGGGAGAGACUUGUGCAUAGUAAGUGCUGGAUAUCCUUACCAAGUCAUGCAUUUUUCUGAGCUUUCAGUGUCAUACUUCUUCUUAUCUUGUAGGCAUUGCUUAGCUAUUUUUUAAUUUUAGUUACCACAGAUUUGUUAAGCCUCUAGCAUUUCAUUAUUUAGUAUAUACAAAGUUAAAAAAAAGGUUCCAUGUUGCCAUAUAUCUGUUCAAUAACAGAUCACAGAUGACGUCAAAAUGUGGUAAGAACAAAAGAGUGGCACACAAAGCACAGCCAAGUGUGUCACUGAUGUUCUUACCAUAUUUUGACCUUUUGUUGAUCCAUUUCUGUUCAGACCCAUGGAAACAUGGAAUCUAUUUGUUUCUUUAAAUUGGAAAAGGAAAAGGUUGUUUAUGGUGAAGUCAUCUAUCUGUCUGUCCUCCAAUAGAUCAUAAGUAAGAUCCAAAAUGUGUGUAUAAUUCAGCUUUUCACAUAAAUUGGUAUUGACCAUAACCAACUACUAAUAACCUCCUUAAAAUAAUUAAGUAAUCAUUAUUGUUUUAUUAUCACGUGUUACCCAUGUAGGGAUCUCUGUUUUCUCAGCGGAAGAUUAAUCAUGCUUUUUAUUUCUUGUGAUUCUUCAAAUUCUAUUAAUUUGCUAAAAUGAAAGAGAUGCUUGCUGUUUCUGACAAUUUUUUGGUAAUAAUUCAUGAAAUAUGCUUUCAUCAAUUUGUGAUAUUGCCAUGAUCACUUUAUCUCAUAUGAGAUGAGUUUCAAACAGCUUCAUUUUUCCUGUGAUAAAGAUGUUUUUUUUAAUUAAAUUACCAGUAUGACUGGACUUUUGAUUAUUAUUUUUACUCUUUUACAUUGACACUAAGAAUAAACGUUGCUCUAAUCUUUGAUUUGCCUCAGGGCCUGUAAACAUGCCAUCAGAACAAUCCAAUCAUGUUGAAGAACCUACUAUAGAAAUAAGAGUCAGAAGAAGGCAAACUCCUCUGGAAAAUGCAGCGAGACUUUACCAUCUCACUGAUGAUCAGAAAGAAGAUCAGUUGAGAAUGUACAGGGCAAAUGUAGUUAGGGAAUUUGUGCAGAUGACUGAUCCUUCUCUGCAGACACUGCUGGAGAAGUGCUCACUGGUCUUGAAUAUGGAUGUGAAUAUUGAGAGAAAGUAUAUUGAACUUGAUAUUUGGAGAGUGUUUGAGGCUAAUGCAGUAAGUAUAGAAUUAUAUUGUGAGUAUUCCAGUUGUAGGUUUUGUGGUUAAAAUGCAUUUUUUUUUCCAUUUUAGGAGAAACCUCGGUUCCUUCAUCUAACACAAGGCUUAGGCAUCUUAGAAAAAUAUGCCUCCAAUUUGAUCAAGGAAAAUCGUCCUCCUUACUGGCGGAAUGUGAAGUUUACGAGUUCUCUCGUCCAACUUCAUGUUGGUCGACUCAUUGGUAGUCGUGAUAUUUUGUCACAAAUGGGAUACACGCAAGAUAUUUCUGAUGGCGUUGCCUUCCCUGUAAAUGUACCUGAGCCUAAUGUUGUCAAAUUGAAAGACCUGGCAACAGAUUUGUUCUUUGCUAGGUUUGAAAUUGACACUCUGCUGGUAAACAAGCAUCCAUUUUAUGAGAUGUACCCACCAGUCCCACAGGAAGAAGUGGAACUUCCUAGGUUGUUUCAGGCCACCUUUCCACGAUCAUAUCCACAGCGUUUUCCACCAAGGGUAUCUAGGCCUCCGCUUGCUACUCCGGCAAGCACAGAAUCUAGUGUUUCAAGACCUAGUCAGCCAACUCCAACCAGUGCAAGGAACCCAACUCCCCGAUCUCCACCCACACCAUCACCACGGAGACCAGGGGGAAGGUCCCCCAUUCCACCACAAGAAAAGGUGAGACUGAGAAAUCUUGGAUUGCAGAUGAAAAGACUUUGAAAUAGUGGUGUUUAAAUUCGUUGGAACCAGCAUCCACCAGGGGCUCUUGUAAGGAAGUCUCAUUAACUGCAAAUGAAGUGAAAAAGUUGUGUGUUAAGAUGUUUCUCCAAGCUAACAAUUUUCACCCUAAUGUCAAAGAGGUCAUUAGAAGGAGAAAUUUGGCAGCUUCACAUAACUCUGUCAAUUACUUUUUAUAAGGAACAUAUCUCAAAUUCUUUAAAAGGAUGGGGAGCAUUUUGCGACAGAGCAAAGUCUGAAAUUGGGAGGCUAUGCUUUUGUUGCAAGUUAUUUGUUCUUCAUUUAAUACCGGUACUUCACUUUUGUUGCCUACUGAGUUUCUGAUUGAGACCCCAGCCAGCAGUAAAACUUUCCAAUUAAGUUUUCAAUAAGGGUUGCUAAAACAGGUAGAAGAGUCAGCUGAAAAAAGUUCUGUCAGCCAAGAGAAGAGAAAGAGAGAUGUUUUGUUUUUGAAAGAGUUAAUACUUGUUAGACCUAUCUUGGUAAAUUGACACUCUUCCCUCACCUUCACUCUAUUGAUCAACAGAAUAAUUUUGGGAGGGAAGCAAUCACUGGGUGUAUUGUGACUUUACUUGUACUCCUCCUCAAAGCUUGAAAUUUAAGUCAUAAAGGGUAGUGCAGAAUAUUAAUGGAAAAUAUUCAGGUUUGUAGAGAUUCAGCUUAAAGUUCUGUUUCGGAGAUUUUUUUGUAAUAUUUUUACAAAAGUGUCUUAAUUCUUAUGAUUCAUGUCUCUCCACCCAAGGUACCAGGUUCUGUGAAGGGGGGGUUAAACUGCUAAGUAAAUAAUUUCCAUUUAGAGGGGGUAAGCCAUGUUACAAGGAUCUCCUUACUAUGGAAACUAGGAAUGGAUCUGGCAUUCUUGGCUGAAAAAGACUUAUCAGGAGAAAUCAAUAUAGCGUCAUUUUGUCAGAAAAGGUAACUAAAUGCAACAGUGGAUAGAGCAGUUUUUAUUAGAACAUUGAAAAACUAAAACUUAAAGUUACCACAAAGACCUAUCAGGAAAAAGUUAACAUCAUCAUAAAACAGUGAGAACUCAAAGUAAAAACAGGCAACCUGCUUGAAGCACAGGAAAACAUGAGCGACCAAGUUGGGAUAAGUAUUAAUUUUGCAUUUGAUUGGUUGAGAUGGCUGUGCAAGUUUUUUUAGACCAAUCAUAUAAUUUUUGGACUUUUUUAGCAUAAAGAACAGGCCACAGUUGAAGAGCAAGUUUCUGAACGGAAUGCUGAAAGUGAAGGAGAUUCUGAAUAUGAAGAUGCCGAAGAUGGUAUUGACCAAGCCCAAGCAAGUGGGGGUUCUCAUACCCAGGUUUCCUCUAAUGCUGACUGUCGUAUAUGUGGAGAAUCUAUUGCAACUAAGUUGUGCCAAGAGUGUAAAGACACUUUUUGUGUUCCAUGUGAUGGUUUGUAUCACAAGCAUGCUUCUCGUCAACAUCAUGUCAGGACCCAGCUACCCACAGACACAGGCACUCCAUCAACAGAUCGGCCAGCAAGCAGUGCUGCUGCUACUGCUGCUCCUUCCUCUCCAGUACCACAGAAUCAGAGAACUGCUCUGUCUAAUACAGCCACAAAUGCAACUAAUGGAAUAAGGUAUGGGGAGAGUUCUUUUUGCUGCGUUUCAGUCAUUGAUAACACAGAAAAUAUACACUGACAAUAUUGUCUUUGAAUAUUCAUGGUUUUCUGAAAACUAUAUGAAGCUGACACUAGCCAAGGUCUCACUUUUGUCCUCCAAUGUUCACCUUGAAAUGAACCUGUAUUCAGCUGAGAGACCUGACUGAGUGGAGUCCAAUUUGGUCUAUGAUCAUACAGGUGAUUAUCAAAACUGGAUGGCUAGGAUGCAGGAGUCAGAUUUGCAAACAAGUAUGAUUACAGACAGACUAUGCAAAAUCCUAUUUCCAAAUAAUCAAAACUAUGACAAAAUUCAAGAAACAGACUAUCCAUUGGUGAAAUGUUUUCAUAAAUAAAAAAGAACAUGUCAACACUAAACUACACAAAAUACACAACAACAGCACAUGCACACGUUGCUACAUUUAAUAUGCAAAAUUGUUAUCCUGGUCUUUGGUAAAGUUUUCAGUUAAAGCCAUUCUUUUAACAGUAACAAACGAUUAUAUAAAAGCUAUAACUGGCUUUUCAUGUCUGCUAUGAGUUACUACUUACUGUUUAUGACUAAUUAUUAGUACUCAGUUUCAAUAAUAGAGGGUAGUCAUUAUAGCCAAUCAGAACAGUGUAUUUUCCUCAGGAAUGUUUUCCUCCUUAGGGAAAAACCCAUACAGUUUGUCUUAAUUGGGAUCUCUGACAAAGAUGUCUAUUGAGGGAAUGUCUUUCCUUAGGCUAUGGUAGUUGUCCCCUAUUUAGACAGUCCUUUUUAACUUUAGACCCAAGGGUAUUGAAGGUGAUUUAGAGGGAAAAACCGUGAAAAUCAGUUCCCAUUGGGUAACAUGACAAUUACAUUAACAUCAGAGAGGGAUUGUAAAUUAUUUUUUAAUAUGCUUAAACAACAAGACAAAACAAAAAUGCAAGAUUCUCACAAAAGCUAUUCAUAUUUGAGUGAUAAAACAAACAGGAUGUAUUUUUAAAAGUAAAAUUAACUCACACCAUAUCUGGAUUUGGAAGCUUUAUUUGUAACUUCCACAUCCUGAUAUUUUACACGAAUAUUUUGACUUCCUAUGUACCUGGUAAGAUGCAAAUUAAAGGAGAGUCAAACAUGUGUUAACGUCCUCUACAAGAUAUAUGUUUGCCUAUUUCUAGGGUAACCUGGAAGUUAGGCAAAGUUUGUUACAAAGGGAAUGACAGCAAUCAUUAUCAAUGAUAACUCUGAAAAACUAGUUAGAGGAAGGUCUUAUUGCUCUGUAGGCUUUGAUGAGUGUUUAAUACAGAUGAGCAUCUUGGUAGAAAAGAAAACUUAUCUUUGUACUGAAGGGAUCACAGUUUUCAUGGUCAUGAUAUUAAAUCAAUUAGAGUUUUUGAUGGCUAGGUUCUCAAGACUGAUGUAGUCUGACUGAGUAAUGGAUUCAGUUGAAUGGAUUAACAAAUGUUUGAAGAGUCAUUAUAACUAUUUUUCCAAAUUGUCUAUGCAUAAGUCUUCUAAAUUUUAGAGAGUGUGAUGCAUUUUUCAUUUUUGCAGACCCACACCUAGACCAAGGCCUGUACCUGCGCCAAGACGAAACAUCAAGCAACCUCCUAAAACACCUGAACCUUAUGAGGAAGCUCGUCAACCCUCAAUACCCCCAAAACCUGUAACUUCCACUCCUCAGGUGCAACAGAACACAGACAUACACCGACCUCCCUCUUCUGCAGCUGUAACUCAACAACCAGCCACACAAACUGGGAUAAGAGGUGAGGUCCUUCCACAAUGCAUGUUCUUGAUGGUUGUAUAGAGAUGGGAGCAGAUUUAAAGGCCUAGAUAUAGCUGUUAAUUCCUUGAAUCAAAUGUUAAUUAUCAUGUUUCAACUAUUGAGUUUUGUAAGAUGUAUUUAUAGAAAUUACCAAGGAAUACAGGGGGCCAUUGAUUUCUUCAGUAUAUCUUACAGCCUUAAUUAUCUUUGGAAGCCUGCAUUGAUUCUGAUGCAUUAUACAGAAAAAUUUCAUCAAAAGUCUUUAUUCCUAGGAUGAGCUAGAUUGAUUUCUUAAGGAACAGGAAAAUACCUUGAAUUUGAUCUUAAACAUUGUGUGAGCCCAAAUUUAGCCAAUUUCUUGUACUGUGAAUGCAGAUUUGAGUUCAUUGAGCCUAUGUUCAUAUUUUUCUCUCUAGGAUCAAAUCAAGUCCAGGAUCAAACAAGACCAAUAUUGAGGCCACCUCCUAUGCCACCAUCUUUUGGCACAACUCAGGGAAGUUCUCAGGGGGGGAUUGAUGAAAAUGAUAGAAACUACACAGCAGAUGAGGGUAUGAAUUGUUCUUUGCUCAAAAGAUGUUCUUUUAGAGAGGUUUUUCCAAACAGGACCUUUUCAAAAAUUAUAAUUAGGGCUGUUUGCACCUAAGUGUUGAAAACAAAAACCAUAGUAAAGACAGUGCCCAUCAAUGACAACACAACAGAGAAAAUUCAAGUAGGAAUAUUUUGAUUGUCUUGUCAAUUUUCUAGAGUGCUGAUUUAAGAAUUGGGAUAAAGUUUGAAAAAUUAGAGGUCAUUUUCCACAAGUCACCAUAGCCAUAAAUGCCGUUCUUGAAUUCAGAUUUACAAUUUUUGAACAGUCUUUAAAUUUUCACAUUUAAUUUAAUAGUUCAUCAGAGGUAAACAGUAUUUUAUUCAUAAUUGACAGAAGUAAUUCUUAAUUUCUGUCUGUUAAGCCCCACCUCCCUUGCCACCACACAAGCCAAAGACAGCAAAACUCAAAACGCCAGUUGAAUCAAGGACACCAAUAAGUACACCACCUACCAGUUCAGAGGAAGACAGAGCCCUGUCCUGUCCUUACUGCUUCUUCCUAAACUCUGGUGGUAAUAAGACCUGCUUGUUUUGUAAGAAACCUCUUCCGGCAAAAUCUGACACUAAGCCUGAAAACCAGUCAGCAUCACCACAGAGGCAAGGGUCUGUUGAUGUAAGAAAUUUCCCUUCUCCUGGUUUGGCUGCUCAAGAUCCAGCAAGAAGUACAGAUCAAUUUCAUGAGUCACAAGCAAAUGAGAAUGCCAUGUCAGCAACAAGAGCCAAUACUUUUCUCACAGAUGAAGGUGUGUGCAUGAGUACCUCAAACUUGCUCAGUUAACCCUUAAAUCUUAAGAUCUGAUUCUUAAUUUUCCCCUCUAGCUACUACACAUUUCCUUGUAAAUUAGUUAUGAGAACUUGAAGCUAGAUCAAGAUAGCAGCUUCUACCAGACAAGUUUGAAUAUUCUUAUUACCUGUUUGCUGAAUAAUGUAUGGAUAUUGUAUGGAGAAGUUUUAUGUCAAUCACUUCUGGGAGAUAAAGGGUUAACUCAAAUGUUCUCUGGCUCAAACUAAAUCCCAUUUCUCCUGGAUGCGACCUCAUUUUUAAGUUCAAUCAUUUACUACCGCAUAACUCAAACUCAGUGAACACAAACUCCGUGUUAACUCCAACUACAACAGUUACAGUAACUGUAAUUUUACUCUCCUCUGGCUCAAACUGUGCCGAUAACCGUAGCUAAAAACUUGGAGAAUAAACAACAAAGCUGAUUGACAAAUCCCAAUCUUUAAUUGUGAUUGAUAUUAGUGUCCACUUAGCUCAUUGUUUUUAUUUUUCUUUGCUCUUCUUCUCCCUUUGCUUGCCCCCCUCCCCCAUGGGUCAGAAAAGUACCACACAACUCACAGACUAUCUGCUUGUAUUAUGAAUUAUGUUAAACCAUGUAGUAAGGUGUUUAUAUUUCACAUUUCAACAGACUCUGACCAGCACUGGUCAUGUGAAUUCUGCACAUAUAUCAAUAGAAAUAGAACAAUUUGCGAGAUUUGUUUUAAAUCAAGAACUACUCCACUACCUCCUAAGAAGACAAAGCCUGUGAGAAAUCUGGUAAGAAUUCAACCUGGUAACUUAAUGUUGUUUCAUAGUUAUGUUAAGUUUUUAUUAAAUUUCAUUUUCUAAAAAAUAGUUUUUCUUAAUGCUUCACAGCUAUUCCUCAAAUAAAUUCAGUAAGCUAAAGGUGACAUUUUCCUUUUUAAGGAGCAAGCAGGAAUUAAAACUAUUCCCUUAGUUUUUUUUUUUAUUUAUAGUAAUAAAAGUAAUCUUAUUUACAAUUUGUCUUAAAUUUGCAGUUGAAGUGGUGCUGUGUUUUCCUUUGUGAAUGAACCAUUAUUCAAUAAACCACUCACAGAUUAAAACAAGUAGUCAAUUCUACUACAUAUUUUUUCUUUUCCUCAAAGUAAGGUACUUUGGAGUGUAACAAACACUGUGUUUCAAGGUCAAAAUUCUGAAAUGGGAUACUGAAGUAAGGAAAUCAGCCUUAAUAGCAAGACUGCAUGCUACUAUGUACUUCUACUGUGUGGAUCUGUGACUGUUAUCUACACUCUCUGGUAGAGACUAUUUUUAUUAAUUAUUAUUAUCUAUUCUUUUAAUAAAAGACGGAGAAAGCAUAUCCACCCCGCACUGUUACUAAUCUGGCCAUGCAUACCAGUCAACAAAUCCCUGCUGCAACUAUGCUAACCAGAAAACCAGACCUGCCAAACUCUCCUGCAGCACCAACAGGGAGCCCAGCCAAUUGGCAAGCACCACAAAGAGGAAACCCCAUGGGACCACUUGCUGGACCACUCCUUGGAAACACCAAUCCAUCAGGAGGCCAGCCUUGGGAGGCAGCAGCAUUUGUACCAGGAGGUCCUCCUUUGAGAAGUCCUGCCCCUCCAGGUGUGACUAGUCCAGGCCAGGGGGGAGUUCUCAAUCAAACUGGAAUGGUUUAUCCAGGUGUAAACCCUGGUUUUCCCAGAUACCCUGAUGUGCUUCAUGAUCCACAUGGAUUUGUCCCUCCACCUCCAUUUGUAGAUCAAUUUGGUGCAACAGGUGUAGCUCCAGAGGUAUGAAAUUUAAUACUCUCCUGUUAUCUCUUUCACUCCUAAGAUCUCAUAAGGAAUUCUCCUUACUGAUUGCCAUUCAAUGCUAAUGAUGUUAGUUCUGAGAGUUUGGUUUUGAAUCAACUUAUAAUCUCCUAAUUGAUACAUUUUUUAUUCUCAACAUGUUUCCUGCUUGAUAUUGUAUUGAUAUUAUAAGGGAAAAUCCUGUCUUGGUCAUUCAUGGGAGUGAAAGGGUUAAAAUAAUUUGAUUGGAACAAUUACUUAGCAGCCUUCCUCUCCACCUUCUUGAAAAAAUUCAAAGGUAAUUUCAUUUAAAUGUGGUAAAACAAAACUUAAGUCAUCAUAGUCAGUCAGAACAGAGGCAAAAGCUACAUUGUGUUCACUUAAAUAAGGUGUAGUUUUUCUAACUUUUGUUUUUAACCUCUUUAACUCUCAAGAUGUGGAUAUUAAUUCUUCUCUCUAGCUGCUACACAUUUGUUUGUAAUCAGUUACAAGAAUUUAAUGUUGUAUCAAGAUAACAACGACCUGAUAAGUUUGAGUAUUCUCAUUACCUGUUUGCUGGAUAUUGUAUGAAUAUUGUAGAGAGAAGUUGCAUGUUAAUCACUUUGGGAGUUAAGGGGUUAAAGAGUUGCAAAGACAUGAUUUGUCUUCAUUAGAAAAAAAACAAUAACAAUAAAACGGUUAAGUAAAAAAAAGCAAAAAAAAAAAAGAAAAGCAUAAACUAUGUCUGAAACAGAUAGUACCAUUGCUGAAACAUUCAAAAGCAUGUUUACUGUUACUGAGACUUGUGCCUUCACUCUCUACUGUCGUAUAAUUGCUGCUGAACACUUUUUUUUCUUCAACAGAUCAAUCCAGCAGCAACUGGAAACUCCCCUCUCCCACCUCCAGUUCCCACACCAGUAGAUGAAACUUCCCGUCGGCAUCAAGAAGAGAUUUACAUAGCUGGAGCUCGUUAUGUUGAAUGGCUAAAGGUAAAAUAUGCAUUCAGUUUAUGUAUUCUUGAUAUUGUUUUGAUCCUAGAAAAUUGUCUAUGUCCAGGAUUGAAACAAAGUAUCAAUGACAUAUAACUUCUUAUCUGACAAAGGUUUUGUAUACUUCCUAUUUGACAUAAUUGCUAGUGUUUUAGCAGAGUUCUAUUAAUAAGGAUACUUUAUGAUGCUUAUAAUGGAGGAAAUUAAUCACACUGAUGGCCAAUUAUAGAUAUACAUGUAUCUCAAUUUUUUCAGCUAUCAAAUUUCCUUUGAAAAAUUUAACAAGCUUUUGAAGCCUUUCACUUCAGAAUUCUCAACGACACUCUUCUAUUUGAUAUUGUUCAGGAUGGCUUUAUUAAUCACAGCAAAGAAUAUGAUAGUCAUAAUUGCGAUUUUACAAUCCUGGUCCAUCUAUCUAUUUUGAUCAUCAUAGGCAGCAGAAACAGAGGGCUUUACAGCAGAGGAGGUGAACAUAUCAUCCAUCCUCGGCAUAGAAGAUCGUCAAGGCCCUAUCCAUUGGCUGCAGACUAUGUGGUAUGAUUUAAUUCAUAGAGUCAUGGUGGAGCUGAGUGUACCAGAAAACUCCCAGGAAAUUGGGAAUGUUAGCCCUGAAGAAGCCAGAGAAGCUUUAAUUGAAUGCACUGGGGAAGUUUCCCGUGCAGCCAGUAAAUGCAUUGAAAACCGCAAGAAGAAGGUACUUAUGUGAGCUGUGGUAUGCGUGACAUCACAUUGCAAAUUCUUUCCUCAAUCCUCACCUGAUUAACCGAUGUAUAACUUGUGCUGGUCAUCUUAAUGUAUGACACAAUGAGUUUGGUGUUCAGUUCAGCUGAAGUGUAAUAUAUCAAAUUUUAGAAUGGAACGUUUUUUUUGAGGGUUCCUUUCACAACAUUUUCAAGACUUACAGAAAUUGGAGUUUUGUUACUAUUAACUGAGAUGGUGAUUACUUUUGUUUGAUAAACCAACCAGCCUGAUGGUAGUUUAGGUAAUGUGGUUCUGGAAAAUAUGCAAAGUGACGGAAAAUAACAAAAGUAGGCACAGCCUGUGGAAAAAAAUUGGAAAUUUGUUGUAAAAGGUUAUGGAAAACUGUAGAAUUUAACACCUGUGUAUGAGAAUAUUUAGACAUUCAGGGCCUUUUUUACACAAACUUCUUAAAUUUAUAUCAUUUGUAUUGGAAUGUUUUAGCGGUGUUUGUUUCCCAUUCGAAUAUUUUGGCAGAGGUUUAAAGGGCAGCUUAAUUAAUUUUGGUAUGCUAGUUGUUCUUUAACAUGGAAGUUAUUCAGUGCAGACAGAAGGAACUGUAACGCUUCCCUUAUUUGAUAUUUUGCUUUUGCUAAACAGGUAAAAGAAUUACAGCAGGCUGGUGUUUAUGCCAAAACAGAUUGUAUAAGUGCUCUGGAUACUGCUGAGGGCAAUACUGAGAAAGCAAUACUUGAACUUGAAAAAAUGGCAUUGCAGCCAAUGUUACAAAGAAUCCUCAACAGUUGUCUUCCAGAUACAGCAACUCAAGAUGAUAUUUUCAGGGCUUUGAGAAGACAGACUGAUAAUCAGUCCCCUCAAGACAGAGCUAACUUUGAAGCAAUUGUCAAAGACGGAGGUCAAGACAGAGACGUAAGUUUAGAUUUUGAAGAAUUUAUGGUAAGUUUACAGAAACCAAUGUUGCUCAGACCAUGAGAAUCAAUCACAGGGCAGAACUUGAACAGAACAACUCAAAUUAAAGGAAUAGUAAGGAUGGCAAAUUCCUCCAAGGAUUGAACAAUACAAAAGUUCACAUCUUAAUUAAAAAGUAGUGAGUGUUUCAAGUGUAAGUAUUCAAAGUUGUUGGGUAGGCCUUUUCAGUAUUUAGACACAAUAAAUACACACAGUUUGUAGUUGCUUGUUGAACAUUAAUAUACCUACAUCAUGAAGAGUAUUUAAAAUUUUAUUAUUCUGCGAGUGAAUUGUUAAUGAGUUAACUUAUGGUGAUUUUCCUUUCAGAGACGUAUUAGAGCCAUUUUGGCAGAGAAAGAUGUUUCAUCCUGGGGAAGGGCAGAUAUUGUAAUCAAAUUAAUUGAUGAUGGCUUUGAAGUGGAAGACUCUCUUACAGCUGCCCGCAGUUGUAGGGAUUACAGAAUUUGCUUACGCUUUCUCAAACAAGAGUGCCCACUGUGCACAGAUGAAAGGCCUAGGACUCAGGUGUGUUUUAACCCUUUAACUCCCAGGUCAAAUUUGUAAUUCUCCUUACUUUCAAACAUACACUUCUUAUAAUGUUGGUAGAGAGAAUUUAGUAUUAGAUCAACUAAUUAUCCCCAAAUUGUUAUUUUCUCAUCAGGUUGAUAUUGUAUUGGUAUUGUAAGGAGAAAUUCUGUCUUGGUCACUUAUAGGAGUUAAAGAUGGUUGUCUAAGACAGAAUUUUUCCUUGCAAGAAAUACAAUAUCAAGCCAAAAAGUGAUGGGAAUGUAGAAGAACAUUAAUAGGGGGAUUGUUAGUUGAUCCAAUACCAAAUUCUCCAACUAAAUAUUUUAAGAAUUUUAUUAUGGCAGAUGGUAAGGAAAAUAACUAGAUGAGAUCUUGGUAGUGAUUGCAGAAUGAAAAUUUAGAAAGUAGCUAAUGUAGUCUCUAGUUCAAAUGCAUUGAAAUCUCUAAUAACAGCAAUAAUUUUCAUUUACUCAAUGAUUGCGGGAAAGAAGCAAUAUGAGUACACUGUCCUAUUAAUGCUCAUAUUGGCCAGCUGAUGACCUGUCACAUGCCAGUAUGUGAAUUUUGUCAUAUUUUCUGAUUUUUACAAGUUUAUUGUCACAAAAGCACUAAAUUUGGUACCUGCAUCUGUUCAAUAGAGUUUUCCACCAUUUUCAGGUGUUCACUUAUCUGGAAAAUUUUAGAGGAAGAAUAUACCUACAGUUGUACUGUCCUAGUGAUACAGGGUCUGAGCUUAACAAGGUUUUUCUUUUUUCAUAGAUGAUCACAUUCCUUCAUUGUCAACACAGUGUUUGCCGAGAUUGUGUCACACAGUUUAUCACAAUUACUAUUCGAGACAAGAAUAUAAUGCACCUUGUGUGUCCAGUCUGUGGGAAACCUGAAAAUUUAGAUGAUGAAGCUGUAGCUACAGAAUACUUCAAUAAUUUUGACAUCAUGGUAAGCUGAACAAUGAAAUAUAAUAAGCAGGUAGAAAAUAAAAAUAAAUAAUAUAAUGGGGUGGCUUUUUAUGUGCACUUUCCCCCAACCCAUUGUCUGUGGUACACUAUGAGCCUAUCAAGAUCAGCUAAUAACACCGUCUUGCUGAAAAAAAAUGAAGAAAAUGUUUUAGCCUAUCUGCAUUUAGUACUUUUUCUCCAUGUGUGGUUAAUAUAAUUCUUAUCAUCAUGAAAAAUAUACAACGUUUAUUGCUUUGUUUCCUUUUUAAUAAAGAUCCGUGGCCUGGUUGAUCAAGAAACUCAUGACUUAUUUCAACGGAAGCUCCGAGACAGAACACUCAUAAAGGAGCCCAACUUCAGGUGGUGCUCACAUGUAAGUUACAUCCUUUUUUCAGCAAAUUAUCUUACCCAUGAUGAUGCCCAUCUGUUCAGUAGCUUUCUUCUAGAUUGAGCUAAAACUGGCUUUGCUUAAGUCUACAGAGAAGCUAUGGGUGUCAAUUGACCCACCAUUAGUAAGUGAAAACUUCCAGAAAUUGUGAUGAAGCCUAAUUAUGCUAAAACUUAGACCACUUGAUUCAGAGUUUAGUUUACUAACAAGUAGACCUCUAGUGUACAAUAAUAUUAAUUGUAGACCUCUUCAACUCAAACAAUUCACCUCAAUCUGGCCCUUUAGGCAUGGUUUACAGAGUGGAUAUUGUUUUUAUGGUCACCCUAAAAAUAAGAGAAUUGGUAUCUCAAAGUAUUUUAUACUUGUUAACUUUUUCUUAGUGAAAUGGGAGCGAUUUUCCAAAGGAUUUGACAUCAUCCAAAAAUUACAAAUUUAAGACAUUCUACAAACUUCCAAACAUGACUGAAGAUUCUCAAAUAUGUUCUGGAGCACUGCAAAGGUAGUCAAUAUAACCCUAAGAUUAAAUCUUGGUGCAAUCUUGGAAAAUUUUAAAUGUUAUAAUAAGAAACAUUUAUGCUUGUUGUGUAGGACUCUUUUGUGACAUUUACCCCUUUUACUGAACUAUUUUGGGAAGAAAUAAAAUAAUAUUUUCAUGUCAAUAGUUUCUGACAAAGUGGUGUGAUUCAGACCUUUUCAUUAGUCACACUCAGCUGGUUGGUAUUUGUUUUGUUUAGUGCUCAUCAGGGUUCAUAUAUGAAACGCCUGAGAUUUUGAAGAUGACGUGUCCUCACUGUCACCAAUACGCCUGUUUCAAAUGCAAGCGAAAGGUAUCAACAGUAGUGAUAAUAGCACUAUAAUUAUUAUAGUUUUAUAAUGAUCGUGUUAUCAUGGCUGCCCCCUACACACUCUUUCUGGUACUACUGCUUUUGAAGCUAAACAUGCUAGACCUUUAUAAGUCAUUAAAAGCUUUUUACUUGCCAAACAUCACCUUUUUUUUUUUUUACCAAUCAAAGUUUAGCUGAUUUUUAAGCCCCCCUGAGCAGAAUUCAUCACCAAAAUUUUAAUGAUGUCCUCUGCUCUGGUUGCUGAAAGGUUAGUCACUAACACAGAAAACAACAGGGAUUUCAGUAGGAAGAGCAGCAGCAGAUAAGUAGUGUUAGCUCAGGCUAUUAAAAUUUAGGUGGAAAAUUCUGGUAGUUGUAGAGUUCUUCAAUCUCUCUGCUUAUAGUAAAAACCUGGGACAAUUAUACGAAAUCAGCUGUUAUAACUCCUGUAUUUUUCAUUUAAUUUUGUUACUCAGAAUGCCUACACUCUGGACUUUGUUUUAAACUUAGGCUAGAUUGAUUGCCUUAUAACUUUAAAAUACUUCUAGUGGGAAGACCAGCAUGAGGGUAUCACAUGUGAACAGUUUACUGCAUGGAUGGAACAAAAUGAUCCUGAUUUUCAAGCAGCAGGACUGGCAGCCCACUUGAAGAGGAAUGGAAUUGGUAAAGAAAAUAUUUUGUGAUUUUGGAACACAUCAGUAACAAGAUUUCAUCAGAAUGGGUGAUAGAUAGCAAUAAGACCUGAUAAACUAGUCACUUCUUAGGAGAUUUGACUACAAAUGAAGCAGGCACUGUUAUUUCAAUGCUGUGAACAUUGAAAUUGUUUUCCAUUUUUCAAGGAGAUUGUUGUAUCUUGAGUGACUUUAAAUUACAUUUGGACUGUAUUAUGCGGGUCACCCUAGCUGCACAAAACUGAUCAAUCAUGUUUACAGGAAACAAGCUAUAAAUGUUGUUUAAAUUUGUGUUCUUUGUUACUUUUUUCGGUCCUAAGCACCAGCUGGCACAUUGAGUCUAGUUGGAAUCAUUAUUUGUCUCAGUAAAGCAGUUGGUCAGUUUUGUCCAAGUGACACAGUAACAGUAGUUGUACUGUAAUUAAGAACUAAAAACAGCUCUAAGUUAUGAUUUAAUUGUAAUACACUCAUUAGCUCUAUGCAAGUCAGGGGUAUCAACUUAUUUUUUUCCAAUUUCAGUGUGCCCCAACUGCAAGUUUAGGUAUGACCUAUCCAAGGGUGGUUGUAUGCACUUCAAGUGUGCUAUGUGCUCACAUGAAUUCUGCAGUGGCUGCUACAACUCUUUUAUUCAUGCAGAAAGACAGGUACAAACUAGAUGUUGAUAGUUGAGACUCUCUUACUGGAAGAAAGUAGAGUUCUUUGCUUUGGUAGAUAACUUGCUUUACUUUGCUUGAGAACUAAUUUGAAAUUGAUGGCUGUCUCUCUUGUAUGGGCUUUGGCCUAUGGUUUGACUUCUUUUUAUUAUUUAAAUGAGUUGGUUAAAGACAGGACUUGUUAAAAGAAGCAGUCAAUUAAGACCAGUUUGUCUUUUCACAUUAUUUCUGCUGAGGAAUUAGGGCUAAACACUAAACCUAGAGAAUAUGUACCACCCUAAGUUGUAGGUGUUGUAUGGUGUAUGAUAGUGGAACUCAAAACAAGGAGAUGACUUUGACUUGUAUUGAUCAUACAGUCUGAUCCUCUGGGUGAGAGUAGUUCUUUAUAGGACUUUUGUCAGUGAUAAAAAACAACAUUUCAACAACCUGUGGGGAAUUUGUUAUUAGAGUCAAAAGGAACUCGAGACCUGUUUCCAGCUGUUUUUUCACCAGAUGUCCUCCUUGACUCAACAUUACUUUCAGUUAAUAAGGAUGGAAAUUGAACUAAAAUUGUUUAAGUUUAAUCAGGUAGAGCAUAUUUCAACAUUUUCCAUUUUAGAACUGUCCUGUGUCAGAUCAAUGCACUGUCAGGGGACUACAUGCUCACCAUCCACGUGACUGUUACUUUUACCUGAGAGAUCUACAGCCAGAAGAACUGCAGAGGCUGUUACGUGACAACGAUGUGGAUUUCAAUACAGACCCACCAGAAGGUCAAGGUGAGCUUAAUUUUUAGACAUCCAAUUCAAAUUUGUUGGCAAAAUUUUCUCUAGUCACUAAAAGUAAAGCCAGAGACAGGUAUUUGCCUUAGAUAGAAUGCUUGGACCAGUGCCUUUCAAAUGCCAGUUAGCUGGUUGUUCCAUGAAAGAGGGAGUUGAAAAACAAGUUUGCAAAUCCAGAGAAUAAUGAUAAACUUUAUUGUUAAAUUUUGCUAAAUGGCAAAACUGAACAACUUCAGGUGAGAAAUCAAAACAGCACUGCAGUUACUAACUAAAGGCAGAACAAAGACUAACUUACUAUCAACAGUCUGACACCCUCCCUCAUAAAAACUUUGCAUAUAAUUCAUGUCAUGAUUUAAAACCAACUGAAAUCACACAUAUGACAGCAGGCCAGCUUAUCUCUUUUACAAUAUUUUAUUUCCACCCCUGAACCUAAAAUUAUGCCUACAAGUUAAAAAUGACAAGUGAAAAUCAUUUAUGACUCAUAUCAGUGAAGUUGACCCAUCCUUUUACAGACCACUUUUCUUUCAUUGUUAAUAAAGGGUUGUGGUCAGGUGAGUAAUUCUCUUAAUCUUGCCUUAAAUGUUUUAAAUAAACAUGUUUUAUUUCCUCAAAUAAAGGUAAUGCUGAUGAAGCUCAAGCAGGAGCAGCUGCACCUUUGGUCUGCAAAGUGAAUGAGCAGAAAGAAACUGUGGAUGGCCUGCGUGACGAAGAGUGUGGAGAACAAGUUCAAGCUGGAUAUGCAGGGCUUUGCAAGUAAGUAAAGAAGAGCUUUCUCUCUCAUGGAAAGAAAAUCCUGCCUACUUUGAUUUUUACAGAUUCUUUGGAUAGUCCUCAAACCCACAAAAAUUAUUUUACACAGAGGAAAGUCCUGCAAAUCAAAAUGCUACAAACAUUUACUACCUUGAGUCAAGUGAAAUACUCUGGAUAGAUGUAUCUUUAGGUGUCAUUUUGAUUUUUACUUUCCAGAAAGCAUUAUGUGGAGUAUCUGGUCGUACUGGUCAAUGACAACUUGCUAGACCCUGCUGACAUUAUGUCGCCUGAAGACCUUGGCCAUGUAUUAAGGCGAGGCUUUAAGGAAACGCCUCAAAAGCAACCCAGAAUGAGAGAAAAUCAAUAUCAGCAGCUACUGUUACAAGUAAGACAAAAGACUGGUAGUUGUAUUCUUAACUUUAAACAGUAUGCAUACCAACUCUCGCUACGUUUUUACCUUCUCAUUUUUAUAUGGUAGAUGUUAAGUGAUUUUUGCACACAUUUUUGUUGAAUGACUUUGAUUGGCGAGGUGAUGCAAGUGGCUCAUUUACUUCCACUAUUGUUGAACUCUUUCUUUCAUUUGGUCUAAUUCAGGUAUGCAGGAUUUAUUGGUUAGUUGGAUCUAAGGGUUCAUGCUUAGACUAGGAUUGUGUUGUGUUCUUGGGGAAGACACCUAACCUCUGCAGCACCCCUCUCCACACAGAAGACUUAACCCUUUAACUCACAAGAUCUGACUGUUAAUUCUCCCCUGUAGCUGCUACGCAUUUCCUAGUAAAUAAGUUACAAUAAUUUGGUGUCAGAUCAAGAUAACAACUUCAAUCUGAUAAGUUUUAAUAUUCUCAUGACCUGUUUGCUGGAUAAUCUUUUAUUAUAGGGAGAAGUUACUUGUUGAUCACUUCUGCGAAUUAAAGGGUUAACCAGUUCCAGCAAACUUUCUGGGGACCCUGGCAACCUUACAAUGAACCAGUAUCAUUCUGCAUCACAAUGAACCUUCUGAUUCUGCUCUGUAAAAUUAUAAUGUUACAGCUAGAGUCAGGUAGAGGAGGGAAAUGUUUUCAUUUGGUAGCUACUUUUAAUAAUUUGCUGGUGACCUCAGAUAUUAUUGACAGCUCCCGUAAUUAUAUUUGCUAGUUUCUUCUUGACUGACUGCAAUGACAGUGCUAAAAGAACUAGUCUGACAAUAUGGUAUAACUUAAAUUGUGAAUGGUGGUUGACUGAAGGUGGAGUGUCAUCUGAUGUGGUCUUAACAAUGUCUUCUUUCUCCUUCCUUUAGACUGUUAAGAAUGAACUUAUGUUGCCACCAAAACCUCCAAGAAAAAGAAUAUUAGAUGAUACAGAAGAAGUGCAAAUUGCUCAAAAUGCUGUAAUUUAUGAAAGUGAUGAAGGAGAGGAGGAUGAAGAUGCUGUUUUUCCAUUUCUUGAAGAAGAAGAAGAUGCUGAUGUAGAAGGUUUUUAAGGUUCUACAUCUCUUGGGUUACAAAAUGAUCCGUUACCUAAAUGAAAAUUAAAUUGCCUUGGUUUAAACAUGCAGAGCUUCCUUUCAGUAUGGAUUGUAAAAAUUCUUAUAAUCCUGUACAUAGUUCAAAAGAACAAUUAUUGUUUCUACAAUGAGCAUUGGGCAAAUUGUUUUAUGAUUCUUAUUAUGAUCUGUGGGAACUUUAAAGACAUAAGUGAAGAAGCAUUAAGUAACUUGAUUUCACUUCAACUUCAACACUAAUGUAUUACUGCAACAUGGAUAUUCAUCUUGUUAUAUUUUUAGCACAAGUUAAUUAGCAUUUAAAAUAGAGUCAAACCUCAGGAUAUUUUCAAGAAAUCUUAUUUCCCAAGGGCUGAUUUCAGUUCUAUACUGAACUGGAAUAACAAUUUUUUAUGUACCUAAUUACUAGUACUAUAUAAUUUGGAGGUUCACGAUUAUUAUGCAUUGCAUGAGAAUGCUCCAUAACUUCAAUUUUUUUCCUCAUUGUCUGAAUUAAUUGAGAAUAUGUAUAGUGUAAAUUUUUUUUUGCAUAUUUUCUUUAGAUUAGUGAGAGUUCUUGCCUUCUAGUUUGGGAAUGUAUUUAGCAGCUAAAUAUUUUUGGUAGUUAUAGUUGUUAAAUAUGAAGUUAUAUAAAUGCUGUUGUAUGCCUCGCACAGAAAUUUCAAAUGGGGAUGACAUUUUAAAAAGUUGUUGAUAUCUAUGUUUUCUUCAUUCCAGGCAUUUCAGAUUUUUCUUUUCUUUGUAUUUUGGCUUUGCAGCCGGCAACUUGCCCAGUUUGACAUUUAUUUAUUUAAUACUAUUAUAACCACAACUUCAACUAAAAAGAAAAUGUGUGCAUGCAAGACUGACCAGCAUAUAGCUCCCACGAUGUACCCAGUUUUGAUAGGGUAAUGUUAACAAUAGUUUUGCCACUCUCUGGGGAAGGAGUGCUGGUGUGUCACAGGUUAUCCUCUGGUACCCAUUUGCAUUUUAGGGUGGUUGAGACAAAUUAAAAACCUCUAAAUCAGAAAUGAAUUUCUUACUGUGAAUAGGUAAUUUUUACUCCAAGUAGUUUUCCCAUAAUUAGUGAUAACAAUGCGUAAUGGGUUAAUUUUAUUCCUGCAUGGUUAAUAGAAAUCUAAAAAACCCUGUUAAUCAGAUAUAUUUUAUUUUACUUUUUUGCAUAAUUAAUGAGUGUUUUGUAAUCUGAGCACUUUCUCUAUAAACAGUUAAAUUAUGAUACUAAAUGAGUACACAAGGCUGUUAUAUUCAGAUUUGAAGUUACCCAAAUUUGUUUGCAAACAAAGCUGAAAGGGACAGCAAGUAGCAAUUGCAAAUUAAAAGACCUAUUAAUGUUAUGUCUGUAUUUGAAGAGAUAAGUAGCACAGUAGUUGAUGACAAUAUAUCUUGUCAUUAAAUACUACAGGUAGUCCUUUUUUUGUUUAGCUUUGACACCUCUUCAAGCUGUAUUUUAGAAACAGAAUAGGUGAGUAUAAGCUAGUCAGGUUUUCUCCUGAACAUUACCUUAGUCCCAAAAUAAAUUCAAAACCAUAUGAAAAUGCAGGAUUGUUUACAAGAAUGAAAGUAAGAGGGUUAACUCAGAUGCAUUUUCCCCUGUUUUAUUUUCACUAGGGUGAGGGCUCUUCCUCUAUAUUCAAAGAGUGAAGAUUAUUUCACAACUCCUAUAGUAUGAAGUAGUAUGGUGGUUGGGUUAUAAUUACAUUGGCUCCACCAAGAUUUUUUAUUUGGGACUAGUUGUAUGAAACAUUUUACCACCAAGUUACGGAAGUCCUGCCAACUUUCACAUCCUAGGAAAUGUGUUCAAAGCAUGGUAAGUAUCAUGGAAAUGAAAAGCAAAUUAACACACUUUUAUUACUGUGUGCAGCUGCAGAACAGAAAGGUUUCAAAUCUCAUGAAAGCUAAAAGAAAAUAAGAUCAAAAGGAUACAAUUUCCUUAUGCCUAAAAGGAUUCUUUGCUUAAAGAUUUGGUUACUGAAUGUUAACCAAAUAAUAUGUAUUUUUCAUUAUAUGUCAAUCUUAUAUAAUUGUUUGAUAGGGAGCAUACAUGGUCAUGGUAUGCUCCAUUUGCUGAAUAGCUUCUCUAACUCUCUUAAUUACUGUAAGGUCAUUAUAUAGAUGUAUUAAUGAGUGUGUCAGUCAAUAGAGCUUAUUUUUAAGUUCCUUUAUAGGAUGGCAUUACCUAAGGUUGUGUGCUUUUUGUUAGGAAUUAGCCAAGGUGUCAUCAUUUAUAUGCAUGCGAUAGUUAUAGCCUAAUUGUAAUGGAAAUAGGGUUAAAGCAUCUAGUUUUGACUUAGACUAUUGAUUCUGUGCUUUUAAGGUUGUUUGUAAAAUGUUAGUUUCAAGACAAAUAAAAAUUCUGUACACUUC